UUAAUCUCUCCUGUAGCGUGUUUAUCACUGGAGGUCCUCCUCCUCCUCCUCCUCCUCAAUCUCUCUCUCCUCUAUCUUUAGCUCUGUAACGUUACCACACAGGCAGCGGCUUAACACUCUUCUUGUGUUGACGCUCCCAUCUUUAUUCGGGCCAGGUUGUCUCUCUCGGUAGUGUACGUCCAUCCGACCCACACAGAUGAGGGAAUGACACUCCGGAGCUUUUAUCUGCUGUCCUGGACUUGAGAAGCGCAGUGAAGGAUGUUGUUUUGCCUGAGCCGGAGCGCUCGGCGAGCCCGGGCCUCCCUCCUCCUGCCCGGGGUCUUGAUCUGCGUAAUCUUGGCCGCCGUCGGUGCGAGUAUGCCGGCAAGCAAGUGCCCCGAUCACAUAGACUGUGCCAGAAAGGGGCGGCACUUUUGCAAGACUGGCUCCUCCCACUGUGGCCCCUGCCUCUCCCCAUUGGAGGAAGAUAACGCAGGACAUUGUGUUGCUCCAAGGACACACUUUCUCCAACAACACCACCAAGCCUCUCAUCCUGACGUGGAUGAAGAAAUCGACUAUCUGUCCUCCAUCAUUUCCAAGCAGCAAAUGUCAGAAGUCAAACAGCCAGACUCUCGCUCACAGUCUCCUCUGCAAUCCCAUUCAGAAUCGAAGCAGAAGAGUCUGUACAAACCCCCAGCUGUAGAACCAACGACCAGCGGCCCAUCCACACCAACACACCAGACCCCUAAAUCUCCCCAGCCGGUCACAAACUUGUCCGACCGCCACGGGCCGAUCAUCUCCCCCCACUCCUCCAGAGACAGCCUGCUAGUCUUGAUGAUCUCUCUAUGCAUUAUUGUGGGGUCCACGGCGCUUAUCAUCGCUGCUGUCUGCUGGGUCAGGUUACAGAGAGAAACUCAUCUGGCUCAGAAAGUUGAUUACCCUGCGUUUCAUGCUGCUGGUCCCAAUCAUAAUCAUGCUUCAUCUGGGGAUAAAACCCUGGCUCACAGUGCUCAGAUGUAUCACUACCAGCAUCAGAAACAACAGAUGCUCUCAAUGGAGAAACAUAAAGCAGAACCUAAAGUCUCAGAGUCUGGGGCCACAUCAGAUGAGGAGAAUGAAGUGGGAGAUUUCACUGUGUACGAGUGCCCUGGACUAGCACCGACUGGAGAGAUGGAGGUGAAAAACCCAUUGUUUGACGACUCCACCUAACACUCCCAGAGAAUCACAAGUGACCUGGACACACACACACACACACACCUGCAUACUUUUAGAACACACCUAAAAGCAUUCCUCCAUAGGGUGAAGCUGCAUCUGUCACACCACACACAAAUGAAAAUAAUAUGACUCUGUUUUUCCUGGAAAAUCUGUGCUCAGAACAAAGUGAGAAAAACACCCAAACUCUAAAGAUACUGAAGAAGGGGUGGUGUGUAGUAGAUCGUAAAAGACAGCAGCGGUUAAAGGGUUUUUCUUUUACUCAGAUGCAUAUACAUCAAAUCUGAAAGAACUCUUGAAUCGCAAUCUCUCAGUGGAAACUCAAACCGGCCUUUUAAUGCGGUUUCUUUACACCACAUCUUGAUUCUUCAAGUCUGGGGUUUGUUUUCUCUCACUAGCUUUUUAUGUCACCUCCCUUUUAAAAUCAUUUCUCUUUAGGGUCUUGUUAGGAAUCUUUAUAAGCAUCUUUUUCAGCUAGAUGUCAUUUUUUAACACGUCUUCGUGUUUUUGGGCAAAGCUGCCUCUUCUUAUUAUUGUGAAAUACACAGUGCUCUCUCACACAUUUCCUUGUGUUAUUUCUCUCUCCUUAUGAGUAUUAUUUUCUUAUUGUCAACUUUUGGUUGUCUUUAUCAAAAACAACAUAAUAUAUUCUCUUAUAGUUGUAUUUAAUUUGUCUCAUUAGUUAUUUUUCCUGUGUAUGUUCUUUAAUAUUGAAGUCUCUUUCUCCCUCUCUUUAUUUUAUUUUUUUCUUUGUAUCCCUCAGUAAAUAUCAAAUCCAUUUUAUCUGAUUAUAUAAUGGUUGUGUCAGGAAAUGAAAUACUAGUUUGACUGAAACAGAGAGAUGUUAAGGUUCCUGUGCUCAAAUCACUUUAGUGUAAAUAAAUAAAUAAACUUAAAUGUAUUAUAUAGUACUUCCUUGAAGUGUACGAGUGAUGUCAUUGCAGUCACACUUGUGCAUACAUCAGCUUAUGAUUCAAGAUCUGCUGUUAUGAUGCUAUUAAUACACUAAAAUACUGUCUUGUUUGGAUUAGUUUAUUUAUUUAUUUACAUUUUUUUGUCAAAUAUAUUCAGUAGACAUUAUUCAAAAGUUUGAGGUUAUGAAAUAUGUCUCUUAUGCUCACCAAGUCUGCAUUUAUUUGUUCAGAAAUAUAGUAUAAGGUUUAUAUUGUAUUAUAUAUUUAUACAAAGCCUCCCAAGCAGAUAGCCAAAAGUAAGGAAUUAUAUAACAUUGCAUAACAUUUAAUGCACUAGGGCAACUGUUCCAUAAAUCAAGUUGGAAUGUAUGGAUAGUGUUGCAUCAGCUAUAUAUCAAAGACUUACAUUGUGUAAAGUGUAUGUUUGACCUUAAAUCAUGGAUUCUUCUGAAA